AUUUGGGGUUUACUUAUGCUACAUCUAGGGAAUUUUAUUGUAAGACAGUUUUAAUAGAGACAACUUACUUUCAACAGUUGAUAUCAUCAAUGCUUUGUCCGGUUAUAGAUUAUAUUGGUCUUUCGUUUCCGGUAAACCAUGCCGUUCCAAAGGUUUGUAGAAUCUGGUCGCGUCGCUUAUGUGAGCGAUGGCCCGUACAAGGGUAAACUUGUUGCUAUUGUAGACAUUAUCGAUCAAAAUCGGGUUUUGGUUGAUGGUCCUGCUUCAAAUGUCCCACGUUGUGAGAUGAGGUUAAAUGAGCUCCACCUAACUAAAUUCCGUAUACGUUUCCCAUAUACUGGAUCCACCCGUGUUGUACGUAAGGCAUGGGAAGCUGCAAAUAUUAAUGACCUUUGGAAACAGACUAUGUGGGCAAGAAAAGUUGAAGCUAAGAAGAAACGUUUGGAACUUAGUGAUUUUGACCGCUUUAAGCUAAGAAAAGCAAGACAGAUCAGAAAUAAAAUAAGAACCGUUGCGUUUUACAGAUUGAAAAAGAAGGUUAAGAAAGUAAAGGCUACUGGUGCCAGUAAAAAAGUGGAGAAAAAAUGAUUUUUUAUUAUAUGAAAUAAAUACAAAAUUGUCUUAUCAUAA